CUAUUUUGAAGUUGAAAGAGGAGGUGUUGCAGCUUCAGUCGGUGAAGGAGCUGCCGGUGAUUGAAGAGUUUAUGCCAUUAAAGGGAAGCUCCGAUCAAGCCGACGGGGAAAACGAGAGGAGGAAGUGGUUGAGUUCUGCUCAGUUGUGGAACACGAAUUUCAAUUUUGUUGAUGACGAUAUCUCCAACGCCAAAUCGAAUAUGAACUUGGAUGGGGAUGAAGACGAUCGGUCCGUGCCACAGACCCAAAUCGAACACUGGGAUUGUGAAAAAAGACGAAGAGCAUUCGAAUUGUUCAAAGAUCAAAGCAAUUUCGUUAAAAGAUCCAAAAAAGAAGAUAUGGCGGUUUCAGAAGUCCCAAAACUUACUCUAAUGACAACAAUCUCCGAUCCUUUUCCUGUUAAUGUUAAUUUGACCGUCAAGAACGGCCGCGUCGGUGGACGGAGCGGUAGAGCUGCUGUUUCUGGGUCGUCUUCGCCGGCGGUGCAAAUAAAUGGACAGACGAAAUUGUCCCAACAGCAGCAGACUAUAAGGAAACAGAGACGGUGCUGGUCGCCGGGGCUCCACCGGCGUUUCAUCGACGCACUGCAUCGACUCGGCGGAUCUCAAGUGGCAACGCCAAAACAGAUAAAGGAAUUGAUGCAGGUGGACGGCCUCACCAACGACGAAGUGAAAAGCCAUUUACAA